AUGGCAUCCACCGCGCCCAUCUCAGGCCCCAAUGUCAAAGACGCGCUGUACCUCGUCGAGUUCCUGCAACAGAACCCCCAGGCCAUCACGUUCAACGUCACUCCAUUGGCGGACAAGACAGGCGCCAAAGCCAGGUCUAUCGAGUCGCGUCUGAAAAGCAUCAGAAAGAGAAACCGCCUCAAUAUUAUUGUCUCGGCGAAUUCUUCCAGCACUAGUGGCGGUAGUGGAGGUCCCAAAGGUACAACAAAGUCACCUGUCAAAGACGAAGGUUCGAGGGCGAGGGAUGUGUCGGUGGUCAAGCAGGAGAAUGAGAAUGAGAGGGAUGCCGAUAACGAUGCUGGAUACGUCAAUGUCAAUGUCGGAGGCUCAGUGGCCGGUGGUCUUCCUUCUCCCGUCGACUCAAUUGCUGGUUCAGCUACGAAGACGAAUACGACUAUCGAUACUGUUGCUGGUGCUGCUGACACUACUCCACUUCUCGCUGCUGGUGCUGCUGGUGCUUCUCCAGUUCCCAUGGCACCGAAGGGUCGCGGCCAGAAGAAGCGCGUCGCCUUCACCACCAAGACCGAAGUUGGCCGGGACAAGGAAGUGCGAGGACGCUGCGACGUUGCAAAGAGGGUCAAGACGGAGUAA